AUGUGUCCUGCCACCAUUGUCGUUUCAUGUAUCCCUGCAUAUGGCUUUCAAGAUGUCGGGAUUCCUUUGCAUUGGCUCUCCAGUCCUUCCGGGGGAUUGGUUAUAGAGAUGGCAUACAAGCCCUUGAAUACGCCACUUCUUCAGGAAGUCCGAAACUUACGGGAAAGGACAGGACAUGGAUGGGUCAUCGUUGAUGGCCUUGAACUCCUGCCUGAACAGGGAAUUGCGCAAUUCGAAUCUCUGACUGGCCGGAAAGCACCUCGUCGACAAAUGAGAAGUGAGGUGGAAUGGAGUUAUCGGAAUAUGAAGGCGGAUUAA